AUGCCUGCACGAACUACCGCCCGUUCAACAAAACCUUCGGCCACGAGGUCCUCCCGCGCCUCGUCAGCCUCCGAAGUAGUAGACACCCCUGAUAAUGCGUUACGGACCAAAGUCUGUGCUAUCUUUCGUGAUGCACAGAGAACAACAGCAACACACCGAAAGCUCGUUGUGAAUUUACGAAAGAUUCAAGAGUCGUGCGCUUACGAACCAACGAAUCCCGACCAAUCCCAAGUCGACGAAUUUGACGAAGAAGCAUUCAAUCGCGAGUUUAUACGCUGCGUUAGUAAGAUAAUGCCAGUCAAGAAAUCGGAGAGCGUUGGAGAAAAGUCAAUUCGAUUUACCGGUUUGUUCUUGCAACAUGCGAGUGCAAAGGACAACGAGCUAUUGGGAGAGAUCGACCAAGAUGCGAGUGUCAUGCCGGAGACCCCAAGCACUCGCCUGACUGCACAACUGCUCGAGGCAAUCCUCCCUAUGCUGACCGCCAAAGACAAGGUGGUCCGCUUCAGAUCAACCCAGCUCAUCUCGCACAUUAUCAACUCACUCGACGCGAUAGACGACGAGCUAUUCCAGAAACUUCGUCAUGGACUACUUAAGAGGAUUCGCGACAAGGAGGCCAUGGUCCGCUCUCAGGCGGUGCUGGGUCUUGGCCGCCUUGCAGGAAACCAGACAGAGGGAUGCACCAACUCAGAUGACAGCGAUGAUGAUAACAGCGGAUUACUCGCGAAGCUUCUGGAAGUCCUUCAACACGACCCGAAUGCUGAUGUGCGAAGAUCUCUUCUCGUCAACCUCCCUAUCUUACCAGAAACUUUGUCAGUGCUGCUCGAGCGCGCACGAGACCAAGAUGCAGCGACUCGAAGGGCUGUUUAUUCACGGCUGCUCCCUGCUCUAGGCGAUUUCCGUCACUUGUCCGUUAAGAUGCGAGAGAAGCUUCUGCGAUGGGGUAUUCGCGACAGAGAUGAGAAUGUUAGAAAGGCCGCAAGCCGCCUAUUCCGAGAGCGAUGGAUUGAGGACUGUGCUGGUGCACCGCCCCAAGAAGAUGGCGCGGCUGCGGAACCAGCACCUCCCAACUUCGAUGGGCUCUGUGAGUUGUUGGAACGAAUUGAUGUGGUCAACACUGGUGUGGAGAACGGCGUUGCUCUGGAAGCAAUGAAGGGUUUCUGGGAGGGACGCCCGGAUUACCGUGAAACGGUUGAGUUUGACGAUAACUUUUGGGAAACCCUAUCUGCCGAAUCGGUCUUCAUGGCAAGGAGCUUCAACGAAUUCUGUCGUGUCGAGGGCGAUGGCAAGUAUCUGAACCUGCUCGAGGAAAAGUUGCCCGAGGUGACUAAGCUCGCGUUCUUCCUGGAACGGUAUCUUCACGUUCUGGUUACUGCCGUUAAGAGAGUAGCAGAAGCAGACGAGGAUGAUGAGGAAGAAGAUACAGUGGAGCAAGAGUUUAUCGUUGAGCAAUUGCUACAGAUCGCACUGACCCUCGACUACUCUGACGAGGUUGGACGACGCAAGAUGUUUACCUUACUUCGACAAACCAUCUCGAUCCCCGAUCUGCCCGAUGAAGUUACAAAGCUCGCAGUCGAAGCGCUUCAGGGUAUUUGUUCUCCAGAUGCUGCGGGCGAGCGAGAGUUCAUUAGCAUCGUUCUUGAGUCUGUAGCUGACGUUCAUGACACUAUUGUCGAUGACCCCCCGCCAGACGAUGCUGAAGACAGCUUCCACUCGGCCAGAUCAGAGGUCAGCGGCCCUAGCACGCCGACUAAGGGAAGCAAGCGAGGCGGCAGCCCUGAGCUGAGUGAGGAAGAAGCGCGAGAAAAGGCUGUUAGGGAGAUCGUUGUUAACAUGAAAUGCCUGCAUAUCGUGCAGUGCAUGCUUACUCAUGUCUCCAGCAAUCUCCAAGACAACACUGACUUAGUCGCAAUGCUUAAUAACCUCGUUGUACCAGCAGUUCGCAGCCACGAAGCACCCGUGCGCGAGCGCGGUCUGGUUUGUCUUGGUCUCUGUGCCCUCCUCGACCGUUCUCUUGCCGAUGAGAACCUGAGCUUAUUCAUGCAUUUCUUCAGCAAGGGCCACACAGCGCUUCAGAUCACAGCUCUGCAUAUUCUUACUGAUAUCCUCAAUGUGCAUGGUGCCCAGCUCCUAUCAUCUACUCCUGGACUACUCAAGGUUUACGUCAAGGCGGUCAAGGGCGGUUCUAAAGCACCUGAGGUUCAAGCAGCCGCGACUGUUGCUGCUUCAAAGCUUUUGCUCGGUCGCAUUGUAAGUGAGGAAGAAGCAUGUCAAGACUUGCUCAAGUCACUUGUGAUUGUCUACUUUGACCCUUCCUCCUCGCACAACCAGACAGUUCGACAAGCUCUCAACUACUUUCUCCCCGUCUUUUGUUUCUCUAGAGCAGAGAACCAGGAUCUCCUGCGAUCCAUUGCUCUUGACGCAAUCCACGCUCUGUUCAAUAUCCGUGAAAGUUUAGAGGAUGACGAUGUCGAUGUCGACGAAGAUAUGGUUAGUAUGACUGCUAUUGGAGCUUGCUUGGUAGACUGGACCGAUCCUCGGAAGUGCUACAGCCCUACAAACCUAUUGGACACCGAAAAGAAGGUGGUUAAUGGCGAUGUUCAUCUGGACUUUGCUAUGGAUAUCCUGGAGAAGCUGCAAGGCAACAUCACACGAGAGGAAAAGAAGCUUAUCGCUGGACUUCUUGGAAAGCUUCACGUUUCACCUGGCUCAAGCGAGGAGAAGCUUCGCGAGGCUUACCAAGAGGUCAGCAUUGCUGUCGAGGAAGGCCUGCUGUCCGAUGCCCCUAGCCGCAACCAGCUUUACAAGAUUCAUGUCAGCCUGGGCAAAAUUGUCAAUGCACUUGAUGAACAAUCACAACCAACCUACCGGCGUGCCAGUAGGAGCACGUCGGUGCUUGCAGACCAACAAUCCCCCGAAGAGGAGAAGUCUGUUGUAGAAGAACCAAGUAUCAAGGAGGAGGAGGAAGACAGCGAUAACACAGUGGUCCCCAAAGAAGACAGAGAAUCACUUGUAGAUGAUCUCUUGUCGGAUGGCGAUGAUGUAGAGAUGACAGACGUCUGA